AUGGAAUCCUCCAGGAAAAAGAGCUUACCGAUGCAGGAAGACAUCGACACGAAAUCAAUUUUGUCUAUGGAAGAAUUGGACCCUUCGCCGGUGGGCGAGAGCUUUCCUGAUAAUACAUCCUCCGGAGCUUGUACCCCUAGGUAUGAACCUCCUUUUGCGUCACAAAAAUUCAGAUGGUCACCACUCGGUCUUCGGGGCCAGAGUUGGGAUUCCUGGUUGUCUGCACUCCAAAAAUACUCGACAUACCCGCCUACUUUAUUCGCGGCGCUACAUUUUGCCAACACCUCGCUCAUACCUCUAGCGACUCAGUCGCUUCCCGAAAGCGAUAACUAUCUCCUUCUUACACGGCCAAUUUACCAGUCCCCGUCAUUUGAGCAUAUACUCCUGACCAUUCCUGUUCUAACCCAUAUCGUAUCGGGAAUCGCUCUACGGAAUAUACGUUCCUCCCGUCGCGCGCGGCUUUAUGGUGCUGAGACGAGAGACCAGCGAUACGCGCUCAGUUUCUGGCCUCGGAUGAGUUUGCAAGCGCGUCUGGGAUAUGCAUUUACCCCACUGCUCGCUACCCAUGUUCUCGUUAAUCGCGUCACGCCAAUUAUGGUCGAUGGAGGGAGUUCAAGCAUUGGCUUAAGUUUUGUCGCACAUGGAGUUGCAAGAAGCCGAGUUUUCUGGGUAACGUACUAUCAUAUUUUUGUUGCCGUGGGAGUAUACCACAUCCUUGGUGGUUUGGCGUCUUGGAUGGGCUGGAGAAUUACCACUGCCCGGAAAGCUCGGGGUAGCAAGAAGGGCCCACUAGAAGUUCACUUGGGACAUGUAGAAAGUGAGCAGCACUCGAAAAGACGGAGGAGAAUGUGGUGGAACUUCAACAAAGUUGCUGCAAUGGGUGUAUGUGUCUGGCUCGCUGGCGCCCUUUGGGUUGUUGGGAAUGGUGGAGAGAGCUCUGGCUGGGAGUCCAAAGGCUGGAAUGAGAUAUAUAGCCAAGUACCUAUUAUUGGAAGUUGGCUAUAA